CCUCCCCCCGGCGCUCUGCCCAACUGCCCCACCUUCUCCGGCGCCCCCGCCCCGCCCUCGCCGCCUCCCCGCCCGCGAGCAGCCCGCCUCACGACGCGCUGGCCGGAGGGGCACUCGUUCCGCGCCAACCCACUAGCGCCGCCAUGGCCCCGGCCGCCCUCCCGCCCCACUCCCGAGCGGCGCGUCCUCGCGGUGGAUAUGGACAACCACCACAGCGGCCUCGCCCGUUCCCCUCCUUCCCCCGACGCCCAUGGAUCCAUGGUGGCACCCCCGCCUCCCGAUGUGUGCUGGAGCGAGGUGGCCGGCGAGCUGCCUCCUCCCAGCGUGGUCAGGCUCCAUGGCCAGCGGAAGGACAUCGCGGUGCUGCCGGGCUGCUCGGCUCCGCCCUAUCCUCCACAACCAUAGCCUUCGACGAGACUCCAGGCAACGGGAUCGAGCCAUCCCAUGUCAGAUCCCACCGCCAUGUUCCCUGCAGGUCAGUUGGAUCGCUGAUGCAGUACCCAACCAGCUCAUCCCUUGGCCGUGCAGUUCGCCGUGGACCACUGGUUUUUCGGCUUCGUCCGGUCCAGCCACCUCCAAAAAUUUGGUGUGAAUCGGGUGUGUUUUGGUGCAGUACGACGUGUAGAGGUUGAAGUUCUUUGUUUGGCGCAGUUUGAUUGCACCCCAGGAUUUGCAGCAAAAACCUUGGCAAAUUUGUAUGGUGAAGUUCGUGGUUGCCCUGAUGAA